UUCACACCUAAAUGUUUUUUUUUUGUAAAAAUUAAAUAAUAUGUCCGAACUAUCAGAUACUGAAGAGAAAAAUGACAUUCGAAUUAAAGUUAGUGGCGAUCAUCUAACAUUUAAAGAAAGACUUAAACAACAUUGGCAACUUCUAACAAAAAUUUUGGAACUGGUUAUAUGUAUUAUUUGUUUGGGAUUUAUAAUGGAACCAGCUAAAAAAGGAGAUAUGGCAAAAAUUCAUUUAGAUCAUUUUUGUGUGAUAUUCACUACAUUUAUCGGAUAUUUAGUAAUUUCAGCAGUUUUUCUUUUUGCUAGAAUAAUAGGAGAUAAAAUACCAUACAAAACGGUUUUUAUAUUUUCCGUUACAGCUUCAUGUCUUUUCUUUAUAUCCGGAAUUUUACUAGCAAUAGAUAGGAAAAGAAGGUAUUUUUACGAUGACACUUUCUACGAACCCAGGAUGUACAUCCUAAAUUUUAUAGUUGUAUCAACGUUUUUUUCGUUUUUGGCUUGUGUAGUUUUUGUAGUCGAGUCGGUGUAUAUUUGGAAAUUAGGAGAAGAGUUUUGAUUUGAUGUUCUUAUUGCACAUAUUUUUUAUUUAUGUUUAUAAGGUAAAAAGUACCCUAUGAUCGAAAAAAAACGGCGUCCAGUUGGCUUGGAAAUGACGAUCGAUGACAUUUCCCAUAU